CGAAUAGACCAGAGGUCGGAAAAUGACAGAGUUGGAGAACGACAACAACCCUGUUGUUGAUAACAAUGUAUCGCUCAUCGAAUUUGAUGGUAACGCCCACUUUUCUAAGAUAAAAUUUCAUCUCUUUACUUUUGUAGUCCGAUCUGAAGAAAAAAAAGAGCAAUACAAAUUAUAAAAUUGUCUAAAUAACAAAUUGCAGAUCAAGCAAAUGAACCUGAAUUUGGGGGUGAAGAUGAUUUCUUUUUCUGUAGGAAGUGUAAUAAAAUAUUCAAAAACUUGCCUCAGUAUUUGGAGCAUAAAGUCAAAGAUGAAAACUUCAGAAUUGCACAAAUACGCUCCAAGGCAGAUAAAAGAAUGGUUUUGCCUCGACUUGUACAAAAAGGCAAAAGAAAAACCAAAAAACAAAAAAAUGAAGAUCAUACAGAAACCUCAGCCAACAUAGAACCUUCAGAAUCGUUGCCAGAAGUUUUUGUUAAACAAGAACAACAGCCACAAGAUAGUACAGACAUUCUUCCAAUGGCAGCUGAACCAAAGCCAUUAAAUAAUCAAUGCUUGCCAAAGAAAAGAGGGAGAAAGAAAAAAUCAACAGUAGCUGAAAUUCAAGUUGUGCCUGAAGAAAAUAGUUAUAUUUGCAAGCUUUGUGACAAGAAAUUCAGAAGAGAGGCGACUCUUCGAUGGCAUAUGACAUACGAUCAUAAAAACAAAGAUAAAGCUGAUGAAUCAGAAAAUUCUGAAGAUGAGUUGAUAAUUGGAGAAUCAGAUGCUAAAGAUGAAGACUUCAAAGUUGAGGGAAAAGAUGAAGAAAAAGAUGACGACAUUGAACCUAAAAAAGAGAUCCAUGUUAUUAUUGAGCAGUCACUAGGAGAGGUCCACCAGGACCAAGAAAAAGCCCAGGACUCUGAGAAAACAGGUUACGAAGCAGAAGCCAAGCAGAAGAAAUUGAAAGAUAGGAAAAAUGAAACUACAGAGCGACCAUUUUCUUGUGAAGUUUGUGGCCAGAGCUUUAAAGAGCUGACAGUUUUAAAAGUGCAUGCAUUGGUACAUUCAGAUGAAAGGAAAUUUGUUUGUAGCUUUGAAAACUGCCCAUAUGCUUUCAAAACAAAAGGUGGAUUGGUACGUCACACUAGAAGACAUACAGGAGAACGUCCUUUUGCAUGUGAGCGAUGUGGAAGGUCGUUUACAGAAUCAGGGGCCCUGACACGUCACUUGAAGGCUCGCCGCAACUGUUCACAAACUCCAACAUCAGCCUACCCAAGAUACAUGAAAAACUGGACGUACCACCCUAACAUCCCAGCUGUUGUGGACCCCAAUCAGCGGUCAGUACGCGCAAAUGGGACCAAGAAUUUUGUCAUGGAUUUUGAGAACCAAAAAGAGGACAUCCAUUACAUAGUGACUGAGGAAGGAGGAGAGGGUGUUGUCACGGCAACCAUCAGCUCACCCCAUGUGGAGGGGGGCAUUAAACAAAUUGUUAUAACCCAAGGUCACUUGGCUGGCCAGGAGCCACCAGCACUUGAGAAAGUGGUCAAUCAGGUUUGGGAUGCUGGUGCUGUUGUAGAUGAUGUAAACACAUUAGCAGGAAAUGAAGUGGUUAGCACCAGCGGAGUCACUGCGGAUGUUGCCAGUGUUGAUGCUGUUGAAACAGCAGGGGAAGCAACUAUUGCAGUGUCCCUGCCUGGUGCUGGACCCAAGGGAAAACAGCUGGAAGCUGCCAUUGGGGAAAGUUUGAAACACAGCACAGCUAUAGACUCGGAUCUCAUGGACAUUGUGGAGGUGGAACUUUUGAAAGAGUCUCAGUGCCAUGUGUGUAAAAAAGAUUUGAAAACUGUGAAAAGUUUAGAAAUUCACUUGAGAAGUCACUUGGCUGAUCAGCCUUCAAGAUGUGGACUUUGUCACUUUUUAUCCAAUGAUCAUGAAGAUUUGAGGAAGCACAUUCUUUCACUGCAUAGUGAUUCAUUAAAUGAUAUAGAAGCCAGUGUGUUAGCAAUGGAGAAUGAUGCCAGUAACAAUAAAGGGGAAGCUAUGCAAGAUAAAAAAGCUGUUUUAAGGGAUGCCUUAACAGCAGUGAAGCAAUUGUACAGUUUGAGGAUGAACUUGGCACCAUCAGAACUGGACAAACCAGGGCCAUCAAUCACAGGGACACUGCAGUGUAUGGUGUGUAACAGGUUCUUCAAGGGCAGCAACUAUCUGAGACAGCACAUGCGUAUACAUACAGGUGACCGCCCACACCAGUGUCACUACUGUGAUCGUAGUUUCACAUCCCGCGACGUCUUGAAGAAACACAUGUAUGUGCACACAGAAAACAGAAACUUCAAGUGUGGAGAGUGCGGCAAGAUGUUUAAAAGAAUUAUACACGUCCAGCAGCACCUGAGGAUCCACUCGUUGGAUCGGUCAUUUCGUUGCAACAUUUGUGAAAAAACAUUUAAAACACAGUAUUCACUAAAAGUCCACCUGAGAACCCACUCUGGAAUCAAUCCUUACAAGUGCCAAGUUUGUAGUCGCCAGUUCCGUGAGAGAGGAGCCAUGCAGAGGCACAUGAGGAAACAUACAGGAGAAAAACCAUUUAAGUGCCAUCUUUGUCACAGAGCAUUUGCUGAGCAAGGGACAUUAUCCAGGCAUCUCAAAGCUAAAAUUCCAUGUUCCGCAACUCGUGAUGCUGACAACAUGGACACAAGUCAUGACAACAAUGGCACCAUGUUGGCCCAGUUUUCCUCCAUGGUCGCAGACACCCAGCACUACAUCCUGCCUGAGGUGGACUCAUGCAACCAGUAUGUCCUGUCUACUGACCAGGAGCUUACAGAAAAUUAUGUGAUUUUACAAACAAAUGAAGAACAGACAGGGGAAGUGGUGGAAAACUAUCAAAUAGUUACUGAAGAAAACAUGACAACUACAGAGGAAACCAUAACAAAUGAGAACCAAGAGACAGAGACAUUAGAAAUUUAUGACUCCAGUACUGGAGAGUCUGUCAUCAUUGUGGCAGACAAGUCUAUUGUGGACCUAGUGCGGGACCACCAACCUUCUCUCAUGUCUGAUGAAGGGGGUACCAGUUUACAAAAAAUUAAAGACAUUUUGUGGGCUGCAGGCAAAGGUGACAUCACCACUUCUUUUACAGAAGGGGAAAUUACUCAUAAUGUUGUUCAAGAAGAGACAACUGAAGUCAAACAAGAGGAGGUAAUUACCAUCAACUCUGAAGCUGAUCACAGAGAAGAAGAAACUGUUAUUAAUAUACAAGAAACUAGUUCACAAUAA